CACAGCCACACCCAUGGCCGACCCCACAGAGCCCAACCCAGUCGUCUUCUUCGACAUCACCCUCGGAGGGGAGAAGUUGGGCAGGAUCAAGAUGGAACUGUUCAAAAAUGUAGUUCCCAAGACGGCCGAGAACUUCCGCCAGUUCUGCACCGGCGAGACCAAAAACAACCGCGGCCAGCCCCAGGGCUACAAGGGCUGCAAGUUCCAUCGCGUGAUCAAGGGGUUCAUGAUCCAAGGCGGCGACUUCAUCAAUGGCAAUGGCACAGGCUCGCGCACCAUCUACGGCACAGAAAAAUUUGCCGACGAGAACUUUGCCUUGCAGCACGACAAGCCUGGUCUGCUAUCCAUGGCCAACAGCGGGCCCAAUACAAAUGGCUGCCAAUUCUUCAUCAUCACCUCCAAGAACGGCACGCCGCAUCUGAACGGCAAGCACGUCGUCUUUGGCAACGUCAUUGAAGGCAUGGACGUGGUGACAAAGAUUGAAAAUACCCGCACCCUCGCCAACCCAGAGGGUAAGCCUGUGCAGGACAUUGUCAUUGCCCAAUGCGGCCAAAUGUAAUUGCCUGCCAUGUCAUUGCUGCAUUCUCCACGAAGCGCCGAUUAGCUCAGCGAAGCAUACCACGCCCACGGUGCAAGGGCAAGGGAAAACUAGUCUGUGCUUAUGUAACAAUCGACCCGCUGAAAUUCUCGC